AUGACGAAAUGGCCCAAUGGCCAUGAUGGAGCGCAUUUAAUUGUACCCGCGCCUGGCUCGCCAUCGCAACGUGACUCAAAUUCCAGCUCCUCUGUCCCCAUGGAGAGCGAUAAUGCUCACGAAGAGAAUGUGAACUUCCUUCGGUCUCGCUCCCUGCUAUAUAAUCCAAGUUUACUAUCCUUCGGUCGAGAUCGCCAUCGUCGGUAUCCACCGUCCUAUUUGCAGCCCAUGGAAGACGAAGAGGGUCAAAUGGAUGUGGAUGAGCCUAACCCGCGCCUACCAAUCGAGAUCAACCGUCGCAUCCCUAUAGUGCAUCGCCCGCACGAAGACACUACUGCUUCCACGAAUAUGCCCAACUACGAGGGUCGCCGAUCAAAUUCCCGAUCGCUCUUUGGCUGGGCGCCUGGGUCAGAUGAUGAGGACGAGGACACUCCCCGUGCCGGCGAAUCGGAAGAAGAUCAGAUCCAGCCCUUCCUCCAUGCUGUUGCAGACCGCAGUACCUCAUCAAGCCGGCCAAGCCGACCCCGGCGACAUGACCCGAAUGUUCGCACGCCAUCUAUAAACGCUAGUGACCGAGGAGAAACAUCUGAGGGUGACAGUGUCUUUCGGAAUCCUCCUAUCUCAACGAUGGAAGCCCUGCUGCAAUCCACAAGGCGACAACCUCGUUUAUCUCGAACACGUACGCUAGAAAGUUACCUCUUGGAUAACAGGCACAGCCGCGCUAGCGAUGAGUCGGAGGAAACCGAGCGAGCGGCAGCAGGUUCAUCAUCUUCGCGGGCAUAUCGAUACCGACCCCCAAACCGAGCCGAACCUCAUCGAAUUCUCACCCACAGUGACUUGCGUGCUCGCACCGCUGCACAUCGGCAACUAUAUUCCGAGGCCCCUGGGGACUCAAUCUUGAAAGAUACAAUCAGCUACCUGGAUCAUCUGCGCUAUUCCAAUUCCGUUGAGGAGAGUAUCAACUCGGCGCAUGCAAGAGGUUUCCUGUCACCAGACAACUUCUCUAGUGAUUUUAUCCUAGAUAUAAAUACUAUAGCCCCUCCAGCAGCCUGCUCUUGGCUCCAACCUGGAGUUGUCUUCACUGGAUGCCAAAGGGCUGCGAAUUCAAGUUGCCCAGCCUUACAACCUCGGAUACCAAGCCCCAAUGCGCCAAGUGACCCCGUCAUUGUUAACGGAAGUGAGGCCAAUACUCGCAUCACUGUCUCUACGACUAGUGGACGGCGAUAUCAAGCAAACCCUCGCGAUGAGAACUGGCCCGUCAAAGUCACCAUUCACAACAUAAAUUUCAGCGAAAUGACCCUUUCGGGCACCAUGGAGGCUUACAACAUCCCCGACAAAACAUCACCAACUCAGGAUGCGCAUAUCGUGACCUUCCUAGAGGGUGAAAUCAUUGAUUUCAACAAACAUACCCUCGAGACAAAGAAUUUCAAAGCGGAUGCAGACACCGACACCACCUACUGGCGAAAGCUUCAGCCUUUCAAGGACCUGCCUGAUGCUGAAAUAGCCAAGAAUCUUGUCAGCCAUACAUGGAUUACCGAGAAACUAGCGCAAGGGUGGAUCUUGAUGCGAUGGAAAGAACGAUGUUUCAUUACACCAACAGAUUCUCGUCAAGGUCUAACCAUCUCCGGUUUCUACUACACUUCUCUCUCCCGAGAAGACGGUAGUGUCGAUGGACUCUAUUAUGAUCCUGGAAGCUCCCCUUAUCAGCAACUCUCCUUGAAACCAGAAAGUGUCACUAUGAGCCGUCCCUCUUAUUCUUUCCGGUAG